AUGGCGAUAGAACAAGUAAUGUCAGAUCAAGAUAGUGAGGAUGAAGUUGAUGAUGACAUUGCAGAUUUUGAAGAUCGAAGGAUGCUUGAUGAUUUUGUUGAUGUUAGCAAAGAUGAGAAACAACUUAUGCAUCUUUGGAACUCAUUUGUGAGAAAGCAACGGGUCCUGGCGGAUGGUCACGUUCCUUGGGCUUGUGAAGCAUUUUCCAGACUUCAUGGGCGGGAUCUGGUCCUUUCUCCAGCACGAUUUUGGUGUUGGAGGCUAUUCAUGAUCAAACUCUGGAAUCAUGGUCUUCUUGAUGGGUGCACAAUGAACAACUGUAACCUGAUUCUCGAAAGAUGCCAGGAUGAGGGAUCAGAUGUAGUUAAAAGCUAAAGAGGAGACCGGUAACUACUUCCGACUUGAAAGAGUACAGAAAAGAAAGUGCCGUUGAUUUUCUCCUGUGACGCCACUUUUUUUAUUCUCUCUCUCCUUCCCUCUUAUAUAAAUUAGUAGAUUAGAGAUUGACUGAAUAUUCUUUCCCAUACAAAAGAAUGGACGUCGGAGUUUACCUUUUCACUGUUGUAAUCUUAUUCAGUACGGGUCUCGGGUAACGUGUUCGCAUUACUGACACAAUUAAUUGUAAAAUUUAGCCACAAAUUGAUCUGCCAGCAUUAGCUAUACCAUAUGUAAAGCUACUAUUGAUUUCAUCUAACACAAUUCAUUGUGGAAUUUUGCUACAAAUUGAUCAGCCAGGUGCCAGCCUUAGCCAUAACAUGCUAUGUAAAGCUACUGUUGAUUUGAUCUAAGAACAAUAAACUGGCUGCUCAAAGCUGGCUUAGGGAGCUCUUAACUUGAUUUUCCCUUAGAUUUUGUACUGGGAAAGAAACAGGACUCGAGCUGACCUUGGAUGAGAUA